CACAUUUGAUAUUCUUUUCUCAUUAUAUUACAGCCAUGAGGCUUCUCUGCCUGCUGCAGUUGGUCUGUUUGGCCAGUUGUACUGUUUCCAGGACAAGAGAGUGGGCUCUUCAUGGUGCCCCCAUGUUUGCCGACCUUACAGUUCAUGAGCUGAAAGCUGUCCGGGCUUACCUGCAUGGCAUUCCAGAAAUGGAGCUUACUGAUGCACAGAACAAGAUUCUGAAGAAGAACAGCAUCCUCCUGAUAGAACUCCAUUUGCCAAGAAAGCAUGAGGCCCUGAGAGCUCUAGACCGUGGACAGGCCAAACCCCCACGUCAAGCCCGUGUGAUCAUCCAAUUCGGAAACCAGAACAAACCCAACAUCACUGAGUAUAUUGUCAGUCCUCUGCCAUUCCCAAAUUCUCAUGUAGUCAAGACCUUCAAGGGGGAUAGGCCUGUCCUCUUUGAGUCAAGGCCUAUUACUAAUGUAGAGUACUAUCAUAUCAAUAACAUCCUUGAGAAGAUCACAACUAAAGCUCACAAACUUCUGUUUGAGACCACAGGAGGGUUUUCCUUCACUAACUGCUCUGAUCGCUGCCUGACAUUCUCUGACAUAGCCCCCCGUGGGCUGGGUCCAGGUGAGAGGAGAACCUGGAUCAUGUUGCAAAAGUUUGUGGAGGGCUAUUUCAUCCACCCAGUUGGGUUUGAGGUAUUGAUCAAUCAUCAGGAUCUGGACCCAGGAAAGUGGACUGUUGAAAAGGUCUGGUACAAUAGCAUGUACUUUGACAGUGUUGAGGAUCUGGUAGAAAAAUAUGAAUCAGGAGGUGUGGAGAAGGUCAAAUUGCCUGAUCAUGAUGAAAAUGAUCUCUUUUCCACCUACAUCCCCCGGGGUCACAGCAACACUCCCACUAAUAUCCAUGGACCAAAGCUUGUGCAACCUCAGGGACCUCGCUUUAACACUCAUGAGAACUUUGUUGAAUAUGCUGGAUGGUCUUUUGCCUACCGAGUCCGCUCAACAGCUGGGCUUCAAGUCUUUGACCUCCGUUUCAAUGGAGAAAGGAUUGCCUAUGAGAUCAGCCUCCAAGAAGCUAUUGCCUUCUAUGCUGGCGAUACUCCCGCUGCAAUGCAAACAAAGUAUAUUGAUGCUGGCUGGGCGAUGGGCAGCUCCACCUAUGAGCUGGCGCCUGGAAUCGACUGUCCAGAAAUUGCCAAAUUUGUUGACCUUCAUCACUUCUUUGACACAGACAAACCUGUGCAACACAAAAAUGCACUUUGUAUUUUUGAGAUGACCACUGCUAUGCCUCUGAGAAGGCAUUUCAAUUCCAACUUCAGUGGGGGAUACAACUUCUACGGGGGGUUGGAAAACACUGUGCUGGUGUUGCGGACGACCUCGACAGUUUACAACUAUGACUACAUUUGGGACUUUCUCUUCUACCAGAAUGGGGUGGUGGAGGUAAAGGUCAGUGCCACUGGAUACAUCCAUGCCACUUUCUUUACACCAAACGGACUUCACUAUGGUACCAAGGUGUACAACUACGUGCUGGGUAACCUGCACACACACCUUAUCCAUUACAAAGUGGACCUGGAUAUUGCUGGUCGAGAGAACAGCUUUGAGUCAAUAGAUCUUAAAUUUGUCAACUUCACCAAUCCUUGGAGCCCGAAGAAUUUCAUUGUCCAGUCCAGACUCAGCAGGACAGAGCACAAGACUGAGCGAUCUGCUGCUUUCCGCUUUGGCAAAAAGUUCCCUCGCUAUGUGCACUUUUACAACCCCAAUGAGAAAAAUAAAUGGGGGCACAAGAAAGGUUACCGAAUUCAGUUUAACUCACAUGCUCAUAGUGUCCUUCCAAGGGGCUGGAGAGAGGAGAAUGGCAUCAGCUGGUCAAGGUAUCCUCUGGCUGUGACUCGUCAUAAAGAUAGUGAAGCCACCAGCAGCAGCAUCUACACCCAGAAUGACCCCUGGGAACCUGUUGUGUCCUUUGAGGACUACAUCCGCAACAAUGAAGACAUAGUCAACCAGGACCUGGUUGCCUGGGUGACCGUAGGCUUCCUGCAUGUGCCUCACUCAGAGGAUAUCCCCAACACAGCGACACCGGGCAAUGCUGUGGGCUUCUUCCUCCGACCCUUCAAUUUCUUCAAUGAAGACCCUUCGCUGGCAUCCAAAAGCACCGUCAUUGUCCGGCCGGGCCAGGAUGGCAAGCUCAAGAUCCAGAGAUGGACACCUGAGGUCGUAGGUCACUGUGUGACCGAAGAACCAUUCUUUUACAAUGGCACUUAUGCAGGAGUCUAGAGGUGUUUUACAAGUUUUAUGGCACAAAUCAGAUUUUCACUUCAUUUAGAUGAAUUGCAGAAUAAGGAUCUGAUAUGAAUCACUGGACGUACAUAGUCAAAUUUAUUCUCAGUAAUAUGACAAAGAGACAACUUUAUGAGAAUUUUUGCAAUAUUAAAAUUCUCAAAAGAAUUAAUUGUAAAAUGUAAAAAAUAAAUAAAGACCAAUAUUAUUUUCAAAGGAAACAGGUGAUAUUGUGUGAAAGUUUUUUUUCAUAAAUGAUGAGCUGCAGACUAUACAUUGCACAGUUUAUUGCCCAUUUUUCAUGCAUGUCUGACCUAUUCUCUGUCCCUCUGCAAUUCUGCUGCAUCAAAUUAAGAAAAAUAUGGACUCAAAACCCAGAUCAUACACAUGCAAAUGUUAAUGUUAAUGUGCCACGUCAAAGCAAACCACACAUGUAACCUGGGUGGGGGAAGGGGAGGUAGUGUGGGGCAUGUGGGGCCUUGAGAGCUCCAGUAAUCCCAUGCUGGGUCUCCGUGGCUGAGGUUUAGCAGCAGCAAGCAUCCAGGAUGCAGGAUGCUGCGUAUCCGCCCUGUGUAGGUGUCAACUUCUGUCCCUCAGCACGCUCUGCUUGCCAAGCUGGAGGGAAUGUUUUUGCUAGACAGACAACAGGCCUUAAAGAGCAAACAGCCUGAUUCCGGAUCCUUCCCCGCAAACAGUCCAGGAUACCACUGGUGGUGCCAUCACCCGUGGAAACCCCUGCUGUCUUUACAUACAGUGUGACAGAAUGUACAGAAUAUCAACAGCACAAGUAACUGCUCUGUUCCUUAUACACACAUUCAUAACAUAGCCAGGUCAUUCACACACAAAGAUUUAUAUUUCAGAAUAAACCAAACUGUUUUGACCAAA